CGAUGGGAGAGGUAGGCUGACCCGCCGCGCACACGCUCCGCGUCCUGGGGCCACCGCGAUCCAUCACACCGCGCUGCCCGAUAGCAAGUGGCAUACGGCCAGUUAGCUCCAAAUGGAACCAGUAUAGUAAAAUGAACUUUAAAACACGCUGAUUUGUCAGUGAACUGCCUACAAAGACCAAUUUCUCAAAGAAAUUUAGCCCACUUGACAGACCGAACACUGUUUGUGUAACGACUUAUGACUAAGGUUUCAGUUCUGUUGAAGGAAAUUCCACGUCCCAUAUCUUAUGAACAAUUAUGCAGACGAGCCAAUCGGUGCACAUCAGCUGUUUUAUUCUACGAAAGCCAAGUGACUGUUUCAAAACUGCGGAUAAUAUUUUUGUAAUCUAUCCAGCUUGUGAUUGAGCGUACGUGUAGGCCGAUAAUCAUAUCUGUUUACGAUAGUACGCUGCAUCUUUUUCUAUUAUUCGGCAGAAAAGAUAACAAACCCAAAGUCGUUAUGUGUUUGCGUACGAUAAGCGUCUCAUUCCCGUAAAUAUUAUCUUAUUAAAAACGCCUGCGUGUGAAAAUAUCCUACCUAACGACUUCUUGUGUGACACUGACUCUGUGAUAUGUGUUGAGACAUGGAGAGCCGUCUUCUAAUGUUGCUGACGCUGCAGCUGCUGGUGCUACCCCCCGCACUGGAUGGUAGCAUCUGGUCUCAUAGCUACUUCACGGACGUCCUUGUGGAGCAGCCAACUCAUGUAGCGGGUCCUGAGUUCGACACCACAGUGCCCAACAACCUAACUGGUCUUGUCGGCAAGACAGCGCAGCUGCACUGUCGUGUCAAGAACCUCGGAAACAGAACGGUGUCGUGGGUGCGCCACCGCGACAUCCAUCUGCUGACCGUCGGCCGCUACACCUACACCAGCGACCAGCGCUUCGAGGCCGUGCACUCGCCACUUACCGGUGACUGGACGCUGCGAAUCCGAUACCCGCAAAAGAAGGACUCCGGCGUCUACGAGUGCCAAGUCAGCACCACGCCGCCCAUUGGACACGCCGUCCAACUCAGCAUCGUAGAACCGCUGACGGAGAUCCUAGGAGGUCCAGACCUGUUCAUCAACACCGGCAGCACCAUCAACCUGACGUGCCUGGUCACGUUCGCGCCGGAGCCGCCUUCUGGCGUCCAAUGGCUGCAUAAUGGGCAGGUGAUCAACUUUGAUUCUCCGCGAGGAGGAGUGAGGCUGGUGACGGAGAAGGGCUCCAUCACCACCAGCAGGCUACUCAUCCAGAAGGCGGCUGCCGAAGACACCGGCCUCUACACGUGCGCUCCCAACAACGUCCCUCCAGACAGCGUCCGGGUCCAUGUUCUCAAAGGUGACCUGCCAGCAGCCAUGCAACACAGCGGUGCAGACGGUUCCGCACUCCACUGGUCGCUGAUGACGUCAUCGCUGCUGCUGGUGCCGCUGCUCCACCAGUUGCUGCGGUGUGCGGCAGCGGAGCGGGGCCUGUGCGCCUGCUCAGCAGGCAACCAGCUGCUCUCCUCCGGAGAUCGUCGGAUGCCUGAAAGAUAGAGGUCCGCACUUCGUUGGUGCCUCUAUUGGAUUGAUUUGCAUUUUUUUAUUCUGUGGUUCAAUAAUUGUUCAACUCUGUUAUCAUCUAAUGUCUCGAAAGGGACCGACAGUUUAUUGAAAUUGGAUGUUUUGUGAAGCGUGAAAAAUUUUUAUUUGAUUACGAUGUGCGUGUUACAUAUCUAGAGGUAAAUCAAAUUUUGGCCUGUUCCAGAUCAUUCAUUGACAAUUAAAUGUACC